CCCCUUUAAUUAGACGGCUAUCAAACUGGUUAAGCCUCUCACUGCAGGAAAACUUCUCUUCCUUCUGUCUCAUCAUGAACCUGGCAUCUUUAUUGCUCUUUAUAGUUUUGGAAGUCAUGACUGUAAACUGUCAGGGCAUUCCACAGGAACGUAUAGUGGGAGGGUACGCACCAGUUCCACAUUCCAUCAAGUACAUUGUGUCAAUCCAGACAACGACCCGCAAGCACUUCUGCGGUGGCUUCCUGAUUAACAAAUUCUGGGUAAUCACAGCAGCACACUGUAACAUCGGGGUAAACAGAAUGGUGAUAGUAGCAGGAGACUACUCUUUGGCUAUUUAUGAAGGCACAGAGCAGGAAGUCUACCCACAGUUUUUGGUUCCCCAUCCUCAUUACAACAGUACAACAAACAACAGUGACAUCAUGCUUAUUAAGCUGAGGGAACCUAUCUACCUGAACAGCUUCGUGUCCAUCGUUCUGCUGCCCAAGCAGGAUGCUUCUUUAGCAGAGGGCACAAUGUGUCGCGUGUCGGGCUGGGGAUACACCAGCCCCACCGGGGGCCAGAUUCCAGCCACCCUUCGGACUGUCACACUUCCUGUUGUCUCUACAGAACAAUGCAACAGCACAAAAUCAUUUGAUGGCAGUAUUACAGACAAAAUGUUGUGUGCCGGCUACAACACUGGGGGAAAGGAUGCCUGUCAGGGUGACUCAGGUGGCCCACUUGUCUGCAAUGGAAGGGCCUAUGGAGUGGUGUCAUGGGGAAGAGGAUGUGCGGAUGCUGGAUAUCCUGGAGUCUACACUGCUGUGUCCAAGUUCCGCCACUGGAUAGACAACACAAUAUUUAGCUACUACAGCAGAUGUAAUAAGAAUUAGAGCUCAGUGUUAACUCAUUGGAGACAUAACACCCUGAUUUCACUGUUGCCUCUGAUCUAAUUUUAUGCGUGAUAUGUCAGGUGCACAUAGUGGUAUAUAUUCAGGGAUGGGUCCAUAUUUUAGGAAAUAGUCAUACUUGCUUUCAGUCUGAGAGAGAUUUCUUAUUGACUCCAAAAAAGCCAUAAAAUUAUGAGCAUUGUCAGAUGAAAUAAGUAAUCCUA